GUGAGGAUGCAGUCGAGGAAAUUCCGUGACCCUCCCAAGGUGACUGGUCUAUCCCCCAAGGAGGGCCCGCCAGGAACAAAACUCACCAUCAGAGGAGAAAAUCUGGGAUUCAAUGAAAAAGAUGUCUUCUGUAUCAUUGUUUGCGGAGUCAACAUUACGCUCCUAGCCGAGUGGAUCUCACCCAGUAAAAUCAUCUGUAGAACAACCAACUGUAAGGGCCCCGGUGAUGUCAUUGUCUCAACCAAGUCAGGAGGUAUCGGCACUUCAACCGUCAAGUUCAGAGGGCUCCAGAUCUUGCCAAAUCCCCUUCAAGACUCGGCCAUCUGGGUGGAUGAAUCGUCCUUGUUUGACAGGAGACUGAACAGCAUCAGUCGGCCAUCGUCACCCCUUCAAUCGGGCAGAGAAGAUCCUCUUGGUCUACCCAUGGAACACGCUCCGCAACUCUCUGAUGAAGAAGCACACCAAAUGUUUCCAAAAGGGAGCAGCAACCUAGCCCACAGGAACUUUGAGCCUGCCUUGUUUCUCAUUGAGAGUCAUAGUAAUACCAGCUUUGUAGAUCUCAGGAAAGGUUUAGAGCACCUGAAGAGACAAUCGUCGGGUUUGAAGACAGAAGGACCGCAGACAUUCAUCAAAUCUAAUCUGGGUACCUUCAUGAACUGUCAGGACAUCCUAGCAACUAUUCAUGGAGAUCUCUGCCGGCACGAGAACAUCGGAGACCGGGUCAAGGCAACUCCUGGGGAGGAGUCUAAUGAGGUAGACGGGGGAGACGAAGGGAAGGAAGCAGAUGAGAUGGAGCUGAAGGGAGAAGGAGAUGGCAGCCAAGACAAGAUGGCUACUCUACAGAAGAUAGAGGACCUGCUUCUCAAGGGCAAUGAGAAUGCUCAGAAGAUAUUCCAGAGUGUGCUGCAUCGUAAAGACCGAGCCGACUCGACAAGGAAUGCUCUCAACGUUCUCAACAGAUUCAAGUUUCUCUUCCAUCUUCCUAUCACGAUCGAGAGGAACAUCAAGAAGGGAGACUAUGAAGUUGUCAUCAAUGAUUAUGAGAGGGCUCGUCAACUAUUCUCAAAAACACAAGUAACAACUUUCAAGAAAGUGUACGAUGAAGUAGAGAACAAGAUACGUGAACUGCAGGUCCAACUUCAUGAGAAACUCAUGGAACUACCAACACCUCUUGAUGAACAAAAGAGGCUCAUAAGGUACCUAGUAGAGCUAGGUGGACCAGGAGACCCAGCAUGGGAGUGUAUCGUCAAUGAACAUAAAUGGAUCCAGGAUAUACUAGCAGGAUGCAAGGAUCAACAUAUCCAGAUAGAUCAAAAGGGAUGUGAGGUCAUUGAACCCCCAAGCCACGCCUCAAAGGUCAGGGGUCAUCGAAGAAACUUCUCUGGCUCUGGUAUUCAAGUCAAAUUUACAUCUGAUUCAAACAUGGAUGGCAAGUUUUCACCCCCUCAGCAAGUGUUGUUCUUGGAAGAGCUGGCAGAUAACCUUCUAACGACCUUCCCUAAUCUCUGGAGGCUUGGCCAAUCCUACUUCAAUGCAUCGGUCGUAUCUGAGGCUGGAGGCAAGUCUAUGAUUGUUGAUUCUACAAAGGAAGCAUCAUUCACUGCCAUGAUGACAAAGAUCACUACCUACUUUGCGGACCUCGUGAGGGCAGCAUUCCUACCCGAGUCUCUUGAGAAGAAGAAUGAGAAAGACAGAGCUAAGCUAGGAGAGUGGGGCGCCAGCAAGAAUGAAGUAGGAGCUGGGGCUUGGCUCCCUCAGUGUGUUAGAUCCAUCAGGUCUGUUCUAAGUACCUUAGUGAAUCUUGAAGUACCAACCCCACUGCUUGAAGUCCUGCAGUCAUUACUAGCUGACCUGAGGGUUCAUUGUAUGGUCACUCUCUUCAAGGAGGCUACCGAGGAUAUCAAAGCUCUUCAUGGCCGUGAGACCUGGGUACUGCAGAUGGAUGAACAUGGAGGUAUCACAACCACGCCUACUCUAUUUGAGAGUAUAGUAGUCGACAUAUUACAGCAUCUCAAGGAAGUGAUCAUAUGUACCAGCUCUACUGAAAAGAAGAUAUUUGAUAACAGGCAUGUUGAAAGACAGACUGUGGACUUAGCUUCAGAUUUGCUUAUGGCAUUUGCAUCAUGUCUUGAACAAUUAGCUUUCGUUGGCGAUGAUGGAGAUACACAGAAAUUAAGGUUAUCUGAGGCUGCCAUGAGAACCCCUGAAUCACUCUUCCAAUCACCAGAAGACAGCAUACCAUCCAUGGAGCAGUGUCUGGUGAUUGUACUGAGUAACUGCAGUCACGUCUCUCAACACGUCGUCCCAAAUCUGAUUGAACAGUUCAAGAGACUAGGCUAUCCCAGCACACAUGAAAUAGAAAAUAUAUCCCAAGAAGCAUACGCUGAGCUUGAUGAGAAGAUCUUUGAGGCGUAUUGUGAGCAGAAGAUUGACCCUCUGGUUGGAGCUCUGGAAGUAGGAGUCUAUGCAGGCAACUAUGAUUGGGGCGACUGCCCAGAACCUACAGGUGCAAGUCCCUAUGUGAAGGAAGCAUUGAUGAAUGCUGUUGCUAUUCAUGCUGAGAUCAACGCCAUUGCUCCCGCCUUCAUGCUGCGUGUGAUGGGGCGUGUCUUAGAAGCCGUAGCAGAUGAGAUGUCACGUAUCAUGAGCUGUGUGACCGGGGCAUUCUGUAGCAGUGGUGCUGUUCAGGCAAGGCUUGAUAUUGGUAUGCUGGAGGUGGCCAUGUCACCUUACAGGAAUGCAGGAACAAGUGCAUCAUUCAAGGAAGCUUUGUCUGUUGUGCCUCAACUGAAGACAGAGUUACACAAGAAACUUCUUCAAGAGCUGCAAUCUAGCUUCCAUCGUGACCUCCAAUUCCUCUUGACCUGUUUCACUACAGACUCCUAGUUGUCAUGGAAACAAGAAGCCCUCUCAAAACAUGGACUAACGUUCAGUUCAUACCAAGAUCCAUGCUAGCUACAUGGGCAAGUCAAAGCUGUUUGUCUCAUAAUGUUACCAAGAACAAAUAAAAGUUAUCAAAACAAAUAA